GUAUAAUUGUAGUUUAGUGUUAGCUUUUGAAAAAUGUGUUGCAAAUAUGUUUUGUACGUGGAAGAGCAAGAAUGACGAAAGAGUUUAUGGACUUUGAAAGCCUUAUGUGAAAGCAAUGAAAAUGAAUUCACAGUUUUGUGAAUAGUUUUAACACAUCAGUUUUCAAUGCAUAUUAGCAACUAAAAAAAAAAAAAAAUCAGAAUCAGAAAUUACAAUAACAUAGUGAUUUACCAUUAGCUUAACUCCACUUGCCGUUUAUGUUACAUGCUGAAAUAGAUGCCUGUUUUAGAUGUUUAAUAUAAUAUAAAAUAAUAUAUGUUUAAUCUGGUAUUUGCAAAGAAAUCAGACUAGUCAAAUAUAGCCAGUUAACAUUAGCAAAUUAGCAAAACAUAAACAUGCUUUUUUCAAAUGAGGUGGGUUCAUGCGUUCCAUAGACAAAGGAGAUACCUCAUGUUAAGAGAAUUUUUGUUUACCAGGGGAUUCAGGGUGUAGCAUUUGCAUUUUGUAGCAGGAGAAUUUGUAUACAGAUGACAAAUUGGCACAAUUCUUGAUAGUUUUCUCUAAACUGAUGUACUUAAUUGAAAUGAUUAAACAUUAUAUGUUAUCAAUUUCCAUAGUACUGAAGUCAUGUAUAAAUAUGCAGAAAAUAAUACUGAAGUAAUAACAAAUCCAAUUUCUGAAAAAUGUUCCAUGAGCUUUGUCUGCAAAAAGUUAAAAGCCUUCGUUGGUGGGCUGUCUCUGUUGUUCUUCUGCCAUUCUCCUCCCCAUCUCUCUCUCUCCCUCUUUUACUCAUUCUCCAGCCUCUGUCCUUAUGACUCUGUCUCUUUGUUUCCUUCUUACCUUUCUACCUCCCUCUGUCUUUCUCUCUCUCUCUCUCUCUCUCUCUCUCUCUCUCCUUCCACCUCCUCUACUUUUUCCCCUUUUUUCGCUCCUGCCACGGUUUCACCUCUUGUCUGCUUGUUGAACGUUGCAGCUAUGCUCCGAAUCAUGCGUGAUCAUGCCAGGAAACACCCUGGACUUAUCCCACAGUUUUUUUUCAUCUGCCUGGGAAUGGGAGGCGCUGCACUUUAUCUGGUUCGGCUAGCCAAGGGACCCCAUGUUACAUGGAACAAAUCCAGCAACCCUGAGCCAUGGAAUCAGCUCAGCCCUACCUAUCAGUAUAAGUUUUUAGCUGUAAACACAGACUACAAGAACUUGAAAAAGGAAGGGCCUGACUUCUAAAACUCAGAUGAUGUUAACAUCGUCAUCUAAUCCACAGAAAAUAAGUACUUGUGAGCUAUUGGUGUUUAUCCCUCUAGUGUGAAUGAUGUGCAUAGCAAAAAGAUUGCUUUCUGCAUUCAGCCAGUAAACACAUUUCUGUCUGUUUGAUGUAUGUAUUUGGUUGCUAAGUUGUGAAUGGAUGUAGGUGUAAUAAAUGUAAACUGAUUUCUUUCUGGGGAAUUAUUAACUACACUACAUCAUUAUGGUAUGCAGUAAAAAUUAAUUAUUCAUAACUUGCAGUAAUUCAUUCAUUUGCUUCUAAAAAUGAAAAAUAAAAUCAUGUUUCUCUGUCAUUUAUGCAGUCUAAACAUGCAGUUAUAAACAUUAUUCCUAAGUAACCUAAUAUUUUAAAGAUUAUCAACAAAAUGACCUUGUUCUGAUUACUGUAUGGACCGAAUGUUGUUUAACACACUGAAUUGAAGUAUAUUUUCUUUAAAGCCAAAUUAAAUUGUAAUCAACAGUUACAAUCAAUAUAUAUGUUGCAAAAAAUGGGAAUUAUAGUGCUUUUCUUAAAUAUCUCACAUAAGGUUUACAUAACUGUCUCUACAGAAUGGGUAUUACAUUAAUUUUAAAUUUAGAUGUUGAUUGGCUAAAAAAGGAAUUAAUUGGGGUAAUGCAAUGUGGUUUUGUAAUAUACUUCUUCAAAGAUAAGAUAACUAGCUAGGCCUAUAUUUAGUUUUUUUGCACAUGUCUAAGAAGAUGUCUUUGUUCUUUGGAUUUCAACUGUCAUAAGAUCCAGACUAAUAGUAAAAUAAACCCAUUGUGUAUAUCCAA